AUGGCUUCUGUUUCAUCUGCGAAACGAGGAAGGGGACAACAGAAACAUUAUUGGACAAGUACUGAGGAUACAAUAUUGGUUGAAUCAUUGCUUGAGUUGCAUAGUGACCCAACUUGGCGAGCUGACACUGGUUUCAAGAAUGGUUAUUUGGGGAAGAUAGAAGUUAUGAUUGAAGCCAAACUCCCAAGGUGCGGAUUAAAGGCGUCUCCCCACAUUGAAUCACACAUCAAGACUUUGAAGGCAAAAUAUUUUGCCUUAACUGAAUUGCUAGCUCUCAGUGGGUUUGAGUGGAAUGAAGAGAAAAUGAUGUUGGCUUAUGAGAAAAGUGCGUAUGACGAGACUACGAAGGGUAAAAAGGAUGCAAGUGGAUUGUACGAUAAGCCUUUUCCACACUACCACAGUUUGGGAGAGAUUUAUGCAAAAGAUCGUGUUGUGGGUGCAAAUGCUGGUAACGCUGAUGACGAUGAAGAAGACGUUAGACUUGAAGAUGCCAAUGUCAAUCAACAUGAAGGUGAGGAUGAAAGUAGAAAUGACUAUGAUACUUCUUUCUCAGUACCAAAUAUCCAACAACAAAGGAAUGCAGAAAGUAACACAUCAAACAUUAGUCGCAAGAGGGCAAGAGUAGGGGAUGAAAUGGCUAAGCAAUUCUCUAUUAUGGCUAAAGCUAUAGCCGAUAUGGGACCUAAGCUUGAUGGUCUAGUUCAUGCAUUGUCAACCGAUAUAAAUCUAACUGAAAUGCAACAAAAACUUGACGAAAACACAAAACUGUUCGUGGACGAGGUUCACAGGUUCAAGAAGUCCCAGCAUGACUCGUUCUUGCCCGUCAUCGAAGACGGCAGUAUAGUUUUCAUGGGGGCCACCACCGAGAACCCGUACUUCCAUUUGAUCAGGCCGCUAUUGUCUCUGUCUCGCUGCCGAGUUCUUGUUCUCCGCCCUCUGAGACCCCACGUGGCUGAGCUCCUUCUCAAGUGGGCUGCCAGUGCCUCCAAUAAUAAGGGAUUGAUUCCCAAGGUGUGGAUGCCUGGAAGUUUCUGCAACAACAACAGCUCCCGAGUGGCCUCUAUCUCUAGUUCCUCGAUCUCUAACUCUACCUCUACCUCUACGAAUGAUGAUGAUGAUCAUAAUAAUUUAGUGGCUACUGAUGUUGUUACCUUAGAGGAUGCCAAAGAGGCUUUGCAAUGCAAACAUGUUGCUUCUGACAAAGCCAGGGAUGAGCACUAUAAUCUCAUCAGUGCCCUUCACUAGUCCAUGAGACCAAGUGAUGCUAAUGCUGCCAUUUAUUGGUUGGCAAAGAUGCUAGAAGGAGGCCGAGAGCCUCUCCAUAUUGCCCGCUGACUCAUAAGGUUCGCCAGUGAAGAUGUUGGGUUGGCUGACCCAUCAGCACCGAACCAGGCCGUUGCUUGUCAUCAGGCUUGCCAUUUUCUGGGAAUGCCAGAGUGCAAUGUCAUUCUUGCACAGUGUGUGGCUUACUGGGCAUUGGCUCCUAAACCUUUGGCUGUUUAUAAAGCAAUAUGGAGUACACAACAAGUGGUGAGGGACUCUGUCGGACAGAAUGAGGGAGUGCCUCUUCAUCUGAGGAAUGCGCCUACCAAGCUAAUGAAGGAACUUGGGUAUGCACGAUACAUUUACCCUCCCGACAAUUCCUCUGCCAGUGUCACGCAGGCAUAUCUACCACCCUCACUUGAAGGUUACAAUUUCCUCGAUUGGCCAAUCAGUAGUAAUAGCACCUAAACCAAAUCCAAUCGAUGAGAGGCCUUUGGUUCAGGCGUCCAGGAGUUUCAAAGAUGGUAAUAUGAUCUAGACUGGGCUGCUGGUUAGUGGUUAGCACUCAUCACUGAUCUGUUUUUAUGGACGAUGAUAUCCUUAUGUGUAACCUGGCAUUGCAUGUGAUUUUUGUUCAUGCAUAUAUAUCUUUACAGCCACUACCACCUGACAAAUGACAAUAGUUUUGAAGUUGCUUGUUACCAUGACAAACAAUACAAUUGGGACUAAGUUUUAUGUUA